AGAUAGGGGGACACUGAAUGAGAGGGUGAGGAUCUUUUAACCAAAAAAAAAAAAAACUUGCAGCAAGAAGCUUUUCGCCCAGGGGAUCCCUCAAUCCGGGUUUGCAAGCGCGCGCGGUGCAGGUUCUGCCUCCCUCUCCCACGCAUGGCAGCUGAGUUCAAGAGCUGAAAAGUUUCUCUCCGACCACAAAGUGAGUGUGUCCAAGCAGAGCGAGGCGGACGGUGCUUUUUCCUCCGAAAGAUGGACUGGUGGAACGGAAGAUUACGGCUGCUUCUCCUCAUCACUCUUCACGCGAUGGCGACGACGACAAGAGCUGCCAAUCUGAUUGAUGUUCUGAGGGUACUGGACCUAUCAGAAGACAUGGAGGGCGUGUCCAUGGAGGCGGGGAUUUGCACCAGCAGGAAAGAUGCAGAGGAAACAGACAUGGCUUACAGGAUAGACAAGAAGAUUCAACUCAGUGCCCCAACAAAGCAGCUUUUCCCAGACUCCCCCUUCCCCGAGGACUUCUCUCUGAUGACGACGGUGCGGGCGAAGAAGGGAGCGCAGUUCUUCCUGCUGUCGGUGUACGACGCGCAGGGCGUCCAGCAGCUGGGCUUGGAGGUGGGCCGCUCCCCUGUCCUGCUGUACGAAGACCACCAGGGACACCCCUCCCCCGAUCUCUACCCCACCUUUAAGAAAAUCAACCUCGCUGACGGAAAGUGAGUGUGCCCACAAACCAAACCUGUCCCGUUCCCUGAAGU